AAGCCGCUGACUGCAGGGCGACUCAGAAGGUCCGUUGGUGGUUUCUGCCACUUAAAAACAGAGAAACUGAACAUUGCUGAGUCUGAUCAUGAGUUUUAAAUCUGCACUGUGGAUCCUUGUCUCCAUCACUGUCCUGGAGGUGGCUCCACAGGAGUUUGACUACUACUCCGAAACGUACGAUGACCAAGUACCUCUGAACUGCUCGACCACGGAGACGAUCAAAGGCGGAACUGUAACAUAUUCAGAGGGAGGGAUGGAAGGUAGUGUGAUGACUUAUCACUGCGAUCCAGGGAAAUUCCCAUACCCGAUCAGUGAAAGGAUCUGUGGCGAUGAUGGAGAAUGGUCACCAAUGAGACUGCCCAGUGGCAGGCUUGUGUCCCGGCCCAGUUGCAAAGACAUGAGGUGUCCGGGUCAGCUGCAGCUGGACAAUGGUGACUUUUGGCCCAGGGAUCAGUGGUUUCCAAUUGGAAUGACACAGAGUUUUUCCUGCCAUAGCGGUUUCUCCUUUCACGGGUCAGAACAAAGAAACUGCACGCUGUCUGGAGAAUGGACCGGGAUCACUCCAGUCUGUCGCAAUCAUGUUCUUGCAGCCAGUGAAUGUAGGGACCCAGGGAUCCCCCCGGGGGCCAAGAGGUCAGGGGAUCGAUUCCAGAUAGAAAGCAAAGUGACUUACCGAUGUCAGGCUGGAAUGCAUCUGCUUGGGUCGGCUGAAAGGGUUUGCUUGGAGAACAAGGAGUGGAGUGGCUCACCACCAAGGUGCCAAGCCCCUCAAACUUUUGACACGCCCAGCUCCGUGGCUGCAGCCAUGGCGGGAUCACUCGCCGGCGUCAUGGAUGUUCUCUCUCUCGAUUCCAAAAAGAAAAAUGUUAGCAGAUCAUUUGGCCGAAGCUUUCUUGUGGCUGAAGUCAGUCGUAUGAACGUCUACAUUUUGCUGGACACAUCAGGAAGCAUCAAGAAGGACAAAUUUGAAUUAGCCAGGAAUGCAACCAUUGCUCUGAUCAGAAAGCUGGACAGCUACGACGUCCAGCUGAAUUUCCACGUGUUGUCAUUUGCCAGUGAAACUAAAGUCAUUGUCAACAUCCAUCAUACAGAUAUAAGUGGGGAUUCUGAUGAGGUCAUAUGGACUCUGAUGAACUUCGACUACCACAGUCACGGCCGUAAGACGGGCACCAACCUUUACUCAGCUCUGAAAAAUGUCCUGGACACAAUCAGCUUCUUAAAUAAAAACAGAAACAAGAACCAUUUUAAUGAGACUCAGAACAUCAUCAUCAUAGAAACCGAUGGUUACUCCAACACAGGGAAAAAGCCUGAGGCCGCUCUGAGCAGGAUCCGGAGCUUACUGGGCUACAACACCACACAACACGAUCAGACACAUGAGAAACUGCUGGAUGUUUAUGUGUUUGGUGUUGGGGAACAAGUGAACAAAGAAGAGCUGAACUCUCUGGCCUCAAAGAAAAGUGGCGAGAAGCAUUUAUUUGUUCUGAAAGACUUCGACUUACUGGGAGAAGUGUUCAACAGCAUCAUCAGUGACAAAAGUGUGACAAUGUGCGGCAUAGCUCAGGAAGACAUCACCAAAGACCAGAUGGAAGAUGGCCUAAAAGCCUACACCAGGCCUUGGCACGUCAUCCUCACAUCGAGCGACUGGCCACUUAAUAAACUACACUGUACGGGAUCUAUUGUAAGUCAGACCUGGGUGCUGACAACUGCUCACUGCUUUGGCAAAGUGACCACAAGCAGAGUCCCAAGUCUGCUAAAAAUACAAUAUGGUGGAGGAGAAGUGGACGGCAUCAGGGUGAUCAUGCACCCUGAUUACAACAUCCUCAAACUGAAAGGGAGGAAUGUCUCGGAGUUUUAUGACUACGAUGUGGCUUUGGUAGAAACAAAACAGAAAAUCCCGUUAUCCUGGGAAGCCAGGCCUAUCUGCUUGCCAUGUACCAUAGCAGCCUCUCGAGCCAUGAAAAAAAUCAACUCCACCUGUGAGCAGCACAGGGAGGCACUCCUUUCACACGAGGUGAAUCCUGCCUUCUUCAUCCAUAAGUCCAAAGAACGGAAACAAACUCAUAUCCACCUGAAGAAUCAGAGGCCUGCCUGUGUGGAAAAGGCCAGGCUGACACUAACUGAACCCACAAAUGUAUCGCUAGAUGAAUAUGUGACUGAAAAUUUCCUCUGCUCUGGAGGUACUGCAGAAUAUCAGGAUGGCAUCAGCUGCAAAGGCGACUCUGGUGGAUCCCUGUAUCUGCAGAAAAGGAAGCGCUUCUUUCAGGUGGGAGUGCUGAGCUGGGGCACCGUAAACAUAUGUGAGACCCCGGCCAGGAGCAGGAGCGAAAUCCUUGGUGACGCUCGAGACUUUCACAUCGACCUCUUCAAGUUUAUGCCGUGGCUGAAACAGCACCUGGGGAAGGACAUCCAGUUUCUUCCUUAAGAGCCAGAGAGCAGUUCCAGGACCAUACAGUAAAACAAUCCACUGUAUGCUAGUGAAUUCCUGACUUACUUCCAUCAUGCAGAUCAUUCGAGAAAGAUAAUAGACAUGUUGAAUAAAAAUCUUAAAUGAAAACAUAUUUUAUUCAACAGUUGAAAAAUAAAAUGUAAACUUUAUUCUGAGUGUUAAUGUUUCUCUACUCUGAACAUUUUGAGAUGCAAACCUUUUAAUCCAAAAGAAACUAAGACUUUUCUUGUCAUUAAUCACACCGCUAUUCAGGUAAGAAGUACUAUUAGAGCAAUGGAAGUAAAAAAAAUCUUCUGUUCUUACAUUUUACCAGUUUAUUUUGAGACUCCACAUAUAGACAAAAGUGUCUGUUAUGUUAAAAUGCUUCUUGUAAUAUUAUGUCAAUAAAAUGACCUGAGCUUAUCAA